AGCUACUUGUUUUGUCAGCAGUCGGAUGUUGUGAAGAGCAGGGUCGCAGCGGGCUAGACGCUAUGGCAUCGUCCAACAUUUUCUCCGGAGUUUGUGCGGCUGUGAAGUAGUUGUAACUCAACAAAAAGGGUGGGAGCGCCGCUCAGUGUUUCCAUGGCCGUCGGCUGAUGUGCGAAGCGAUGCGGCACCACUGGCUGCUCCUCGGGGCUUGCGGCUGGGUGCUGCUCAUCCUCAUGUUUGUCAGCAAGUUCAUCAGCUUCAGAGCUGUGGAUGAUUAUGGAGAGAGGGUUGGUGGUCAGAGCUGGACUGUGCCAGGCACCAAAGUGGUUAAACCCAUCCCUGUUUCCAGGCCAGAAAAACCUGUUCCAAAGCCAUCAAAUCAGCCCUCAGCAGUACCCACAGCGGCAGACUGGCAGUCAGUCGCUGACAAGCGAAUCGAGCUGCUCUCAAGUGUGUGUAAGAACAGCAGCCUCAGGAAUUUGACUCAUGUCUCCAUCAGCAAGUUCGUCCUGGACCGCAUCUUUGUCUGCGACAAACACAAGAUCUUGUUCUGCCAGACGCCUAAAGUGGGCAACACGCAGUGGAAGAAGGUCCUCAUUGUGCUCAAUGGAGCUUUCUCCACUGUGGAGGAGAUCCCAGAAAACCUUGUUCAUGACCAUGAGAAAAACGGCCUGCCCCGCCUCUCGUCGCUCACGCCGCAGGACAUAACUCACAGAUUAAACACCUACUUUAAGUUUUUCAUCGUGAGAGAUCCCUUUGAGCGCCUGAUUUCUGCGUUCAAGGACAAGUUUGUGAAGAACCCACGCUUUGAGCCUUGGUACAAGCAUGACAUCGCUCCAGCCAUCAUCCGUAAGUACCGCAAAAGCCACCGUGACAGUGAUCUUGCCGCAUCCGGGCUGCAUUUUGAAGACUUUGUCCGCUAUUUGGGCGACGUAGAGGGCCGCCGCCGCAUGGACCGACAGUUCGGUGAGCACAUAAUUCACUGGGUGACUUACGCGGAGCUGUGCGCACCAUGUGAAAUACAGUACAGUGCGGUCGGCCACCACGAGACGCUGGAGCAAGACGCCCCCUACAUCCUCAAAGCAGCGGGCAUCGACCAGCUGGUGUCCUACCCGGCCAUUCCUCCAGGCAUCACCCGCUACAACAGGACCAAGGUGGAGCACUACUUCUCAGGCAUUAGCAAGCGAGACGUCAGGCGUCUCUAUGCGCGUUACCAGGGUGACUUUAGUCUGUUUGGCUACCCAAGCCCUGACUUUCUACUGAACUAAAAUGAUUAACACUGACUAAAAGACAUGUUUUCAUAUAAAAUCCUCUCAACAUCUUUGGUUUACUGAGACAGAGAUGUAUCGUAGCUGACUGUGUGCAACAAAACUGACAGGCCUGAAAGGCUUGAAUGCAGUAACUGGCACACUGUAAUGUCUUUAUUCUUAUUUUAAGCACUUUUGUUGGAAGAACUGACAGGCUGUUACAAUGUUAUUUGUAGUCGCUGAAAAAGUGCUGCCUAAUAUUCCGAUAUUUAACAGUGCUUUUAUGGAGGCAGGAGCUGUAACUGAUAAACACGUCGUCAGCAUCAUGGUGCAGUGAAAGAAAGCGUUGCUGUGUCCAGGCAACACAAUCACAAAAUGAGCUUCAGCAGCGACAAAAGCUGCACAAUCCAUCAUUUUGUGUUGGAAAAGGGUCAACAGAAAGAUCAAAUACAGGUACAGGUCAAAAGGAGAACACGUGCUAACUUAUAUUUGAUGUUUAUGACUGAAUUAUAUGUCAAAGAGGUGUACUCUGUAAUACCAGGGAUACAGGCCCGUUACCCUGUAAUGUAGCUAUUAUAUUGCACUGUAUGGAUCACCCGUUUCAACGACUCAUCCUGUCAACGAAAGCUAUGAACAGUGCUUUGCGUUUUGGACAUGUUGUGUCAAAUGUGUCUUUUCUGUACUUCUUGCUGUCAUGCUAGACAUUUGCCAAGACGGUCUGUAUUAGGGACACUAAAAUGUUAAGACAGUGAACAGGACUGAUUGCGACCAUUUUUCAUUUAUGUUUUUUUGAGCUAAAUUAGAAUUAACUUUUUAUAUUUUCUUUAUAUUUUCAUUGAUUUUUGCUUCAUGCAAGGCACAUUACUGUCUUGUAAGACAGUGAAUUGCUCUUCAAAUCUCACGAAAUAAUCAAUCAAAAUCAAUCAAAAUGGUCAAAAAAUUAACUGUCACCCUGAGACAAAGACCUUGGUUGUUCCCUGAUCCAUACUGUAGCCAUUGUUCUGCCUUUUUGACUCCAUUUAUUCAGCUGUUAACGGCACUUGAACUUUGAAGGAAAAAGUUGGCACUGGAUUUUAAAGGAUCAUUUUUCUAUCAGAAAUGUACUGUGUAAAUGUUCUUAACAUGACUUGCAACUCAACAUUUGUAUUACAUGUUGCUAUUUAUAAUAUUAUUAACUUGCCGACAAGUGGCACAAAAAAGUGUCUUGGUUGUAAGACAGUACUGCCUCCCUGCAAACACCUGGUAACCUUUUUUGGACAGGUGGUUGCAAUACAAGGACAACACUAGUUGGUAAUAAAGUUCUAUGUGAAAUAAAAGAACAUGCUCUUUC